AUGAUCACUAUCAAUAUCGCCCGGGGGAAUGUUGACCCUUCCCAAUCCGAAGACCUUGACGGUUCGCAUCUUUUCGACGUCGACAUCACUAGAGACGACGGCACAUAUCAAACCGGAUCUAACACCUCAAUUGCCAUCCGACCUCUCCUUCUUCUGGCAACUGGUACCCCGGGCCAUAUUGAGCCCCCAUGGGGCGGGGACUGGGUCAGCGAACAUGUGCAGGACAUGAUGAGUGCACUAAAGGCGAGGAUGAACUCUCCAUCCGACUUUUGCGGAGGAAAAGUAGUCAUUCGUAUUGCAGAGCAACCCUGGUUCAACAAUAACAACUCUGAGGAUCACAACACCGAGGACCACAUGCCUAUGCAACGCGUUCUUUGGGAGUUCCUGGAGCGGCUCGAGGCGUGGGAACCUACGAUGCGGCCGAUGGAGGUCAGCGUGGUGCAGACACUUGCUAUUGGCACUCCCAAACUUCUCGACCAGGACGAAAAAGAGAACGAAACUGCUGGCCCGGAGAACGAAGGGCAAAGGAGGGUUCUUGUGUUGUCAUGCCGUGCUCCUGGUCGUUCCGCUCAUUCUAGCGAACUGUCCGGCCCAGUCUCGCGUACCAUUCUACAAGCGGCAGGAGAUUCUACAAACGCCAUCUUUAUACGUCCUGGGUCUUUCCGCGCCUUGAAGACUGAGCUUGAAUUCCACCCUAAAGGCUACUUCACGGCCAUUCAUUUAGACAUGCUGCUUGUCCACAAGCGCCCUCGAAAGUCUGAGCCUGGAACUCACAGAAUCUACUUCCAAUUCGUCAACCAAAACCAGUCUGAAGUGAUAGAUGAUGACCUGAAAGCGGUCGAUAAAGUUGCCGCACUACUUCUGCUUCAUGGUGUUCAAGAUGUUGUCAUUGCUCCCUGUCCACAUGCUAGGUCCGCCGUCGAGACGGCAGCUACAGUACUUUUGAGCAGUGGUAUACGGGCCGUGGUUACUUUGGCCUAUCAUAUCACUGAAAGUGAUGUCGAGGUAUUCCUAAGAUCGCUCUACACUGGGUACAUUCAUGAGAAGCUCCCCUUGGAAGAAGCCGCUCGAACAGCUCGACGUCACUUGAGGGGAAGUCAAGGAGAUGAGAAGCCCAUUUGUGAUUUCGUGGUGCUGACUUAUGUCAACUCGGAGUGGCUUCCAUCCACCACUCUCAGCGUUGCCUGCAAGUCUGUCGAGCAAGAGCAGAGCUAUCCUAACUCUCUGUAUGGGCGAGAACAUGACAUUGUCCAUAUAGAAUCCAUACUUUUACUUGGAAAGCCGCUGCCGCUAUUGAUCUAUGGAAUGGCCGGCAUUGGAAAGACGGCUUUGUUGGUUCAUUUAUGUACAUGGUGGAAGGCUUCGGGUUUGAUCGAAGAUGCAUUCCAUAUAAGCCUCAGCCCGAGCGAACCUUUCAAUAAGGAUAACAUGCUACAAGAGCUACAAAGCCACUUUAUUCCGAGCUCUAUUCAAGACUCAGGAGACACAAGCUCUUUGUAUGGGUAUUUCGAGAGUCACAAAUGUCUCAUCGUGAUUGACGACCUCGACUCAGCGAACUUCAACCGACAACAAGGCCAAUUCAUGAAUCUUACCUUCAAACUAUCCAAGUCUGGCGCCCUUGUCAUUCUUGCUUCCCGCAAGCGAGAGCGAUGGCUGAGUAAGGCAAAAGUAUACAAACUUUCCGGGCUUCGUACUCGACCAGCGACUCUGUUGGUGAUGGAUCCCGAAUUCAGAAACCGUGUCACUGAUGAUGACGACCCUCCAUCUCCUGAGACAACGGCGAAGACCAAGACACAAGAAGAGAAAGAUUGUCUUGAGGCUGUUGUUGAGAUGGUAAAUGGAAAUCCUCAGGCUAUAGAGAUUAUGACUCAAAGCAGGCUUUACUGGUCGAGAGCUCCGAAAGGCGUAUAUUGCUUCUUACUCGGACUUCGUUCAAGCCGCCAUGCCACACUUCCUGCGAGCUUCGACACUUCGGACACCGACGAUGAAUCUGAAAAGCCAAGCAACAGAACGCGACUUGAGGGUAUACAUGAGAAUCUGCGAAGUAUGGACUGGGGCGAUGGGUUUCUACCCAUAUUACUUGCGCCAUUCAUGGGUGUUCUGCCAUCGAGAGAUCUCCUCACCAUCUUCUGUAUCUGGAGCACAAGAGUGACCAAGGUUCUGGGAAAAGCUGCAUCUACACGGCUUGUGCGCGCUGCCCUCAACUCGGGUGCAUCUUGCAGUGACAGGGUCAAGCUCACGGAAGAUGCACACCUCUCCAUAGAAGCUUUACUAAAUGCUGCUAGGGUAGCAGAACCUGAGGAAGACCUGGCGUUGGCCAGCUCUAGCGUUCUGUUCCAUAAAGACGUCGAGUUUUCCGAACCAUCGUCACCCACUGGCAACUUCCUGACCACCAUGUGUGACCGCGUUCAAGAUGGGCUUGUUGAUGGUGGAAUGCUUGAAGAGUUCACUGAAGUUUCGGAUUCGUUGAUCCAGACAGACCGAGGGAUUAUGCAAUUGAACCCACUGGUUCCUUUGCUUCUCAGACAACAUCCAGCCUAUAAAAGCAACUCCUUUUCGCUUCAAUCGACAGUUAAUGAGGCAUUUGUACUAUACUACUGCUAUAGAGGGAAAAAAUGGCCUUGGGACUGUUGGGAAGAUGAUCGCGAAUGGGGAGUAGUUGACCCGGAGAUCGAGCUUGAAUUCGACAAUUUUGCAUCUGCCUGCAUGACAGGUCUUCUGCACAUCGACCUUGACAUAACACAUCUUAUGGGACUAAUGCGAAUAGCCGCUGUGCUCGAGCAUGGUGCUGGCGAUAAGUUUUACUACAGAAAGACUAUACUUGCCCAACUGUGGACUGUCGCUCUGGCCAAAACCCUCACAGAGCUGAAGAAGCUUCAAGACGAGGGUCGAAGCCGUCAGACCGAGAUAUACAUGCUUUUGUUGACUGCUAUGUAUUUCAGCUCUGAACUUGGUCGAUUCCAUGAUCUUGACCGCGAGUCGGACGAGGUGGCCAAGUACAAAGGCCUUAUCGCCCAAUUCGCCGCGUGGGCCAGCAAGAUGGUCCCGGAGAACAUCGAAGUAAAAGCAAAGAAGCAUAAGCUAUCAGGGAGAAAGGAACUUGAACGCCUGGCUGGAUUGGCGGCGGAUCCCGAUCAAGAUAUCUUGUACUCGGUCCGGGGUCAAGUCAGGCGCGUUUUUGUAUGGAUUUCGAACCCUUUUGAGACCAGCUCCUUCGUGGGACCAGCAACCACUACAUCGGUGUCAAUUGAUGUUGACCUGGCUACUGUGUUGUCAUUCUCCAUUGAAGUUCGUCGACAUAUGAGCCUGGUUAAUAAUGCUGAAGAGGCAGCUAAGAGAGAUGAUUGGGCAAUGGCUGACGAGGCGCUGAACAAGGCAC